AUGAUCAACACUUUUACAUGUAUUGUCAAUUUAUAUUUGUUAAAUUUAUAAUUUUCUUUCUUUUUUUAUUAUUAUGUGUGAUGUUGAAACAAUUACCAAAGAUAUUAAAAACAUAUUGUGUCAUUAUAAGGAAAAUCAAAAUCGCAUUUUAUUGAAUGCUUGCAAUGAAAUACGCCUUUGUCAUGGCGGAUAUUUAGAUUUGACAGUGCGCCACAAAAUGCUAAGACGAUUAACGUAUUUUUCGACGUUUAUUUUGGCUAUUUUUACAUUAAUAUUUGCAACUUGCGGAUUGUGGUUGUUAAGACGUUAUAAUUAUUCCUAUAAUCUGGGAGGUUGUUCCUCAGUGACUUUCCUUUGGCCCUUUGAAGAAUGUCCCGUAGUCUUUUAAUCAAAUUUAAGACGUUUGUUCAAUAAGAUGUCAUUAGCUAUAGUUAAUUAUAAUUAUAUAAUAUAAUUAUAUAUUUUUUUUAUUGAGUGCCUUUAAUGUACUGAAAAGUCGACUUUUCGACUCA